GCUAGCUAGCUAACGGUAGCUAUGUUUACUUCGUCUACGAGCUUCGUUGAACAGUUACGGGUACAACCCUGCAAGGAAAAUAUGGGCGAUUGUAAAGUUUAAACGUCUAUCUUCAUAUUGGCUAUUGAUCAAUUUUGUUUACGGACAUCAUCUGACGGUGGAGCUAAGUUGAUAGUUAGCUACGCUAGCUAGCUAACACUAACAAAGGUACUAGUAAGGCAAACUUGAAAGUUGUUUAGUUAGCUAGCACCACUAACGUUAGCUGUUAUAAGUAACGUAGAUAUCAAGUUAACAGUUAGCUAGUAAAUGCUUGAUUUACAGCAUAGUUGGCUAACUAUAAAUGUUGCCAAUUUGCAUAGCCAAAUGUAACAUUAAUCGUUCUUAUUGUUAACGUUACAGAAAUGGAUAAGCCUCCUUUCAGACAAAACCAAAACUGUGGAGACUGGGAAUUCAAAGAGAGAUUAGGCAUGGGCGGUUUUGCCCAUGUCUACCUGUAUCAACAUCAUGUAAGUAUUCAACUAGCUAGCUAAUGUUAGCAACAUUUCCAUAUUUAACCCUAGUUGUUCCAGACUUGAAUCAAGGUAGCUACACAUCCGGCUGCCAAAUCAGACAAGUGUUGGAAUUUGAGAUAUGUACAAGUAAGUGAAAGGGUGUCAACCACUUCCUAGAUGUAAACAGUAGGCCUGACUGGGUGAUAGAUACUGUAUCAUAGGUCAAAUGGUCACCAGUUGAGAGAAACACUGUGAAGCCUAAUAUUAGCUUUUGGAAUACCUUACUGUUUUGUAUUUUUCUCUCUGUGAAUUCAUAAGUACACAUCUGUUGAAUUGACCAGCUGUUCAACAGGUUCAAUCAUGAUAAUAGAUUAUACUUUUUUUUUCUCGUUUCCAAGGACACAUCGGAAAAAAUAGCAGUGAAAAUGUGUCGCCUGGAGUUAAUACCAAGAAACAAAGACAGAUGGAGCAGAGAGAUCCAGAUCAUGAAAAAGUUAGUCUUCAAUGUAUUAUCCUUUUGUACAUCAUUGAAAGCCACACAUAUUUGAACUGUGUGACUUGUACCUUUUCAUUGAUACAUAUAGAUCUGCAUUUGCUUCUUGUUAGUAUCAAGUACAAUGUUUUUCUUGUCUCUUUCAUAUUCAGGUUGAAUAAUCUCAAUGUAGUGACAGCGAGAGAUGUGCCAGAGGAGAUGAAGCACAUUGCCUUAAACGACCUUCCACUGCUGGCCAUGGAGUACUGCUCCAAGGGAGACCUCAGAAAGGUGGACAGCAGAGGAUUAAUACAUAAUUGUUAAUUUUCCUUAAAGUCCACGAAAACAUGUAAUUUUGAUUUUAAACCCCUCGGCACCUACAUACUCUCCUGAGGGGUUAGAAGCACAGGGUUAGCCACUGCGCAGUGCACCUGAAGUAGUUAAGCGGUAAAUGCCUUGCAGAAGGGCACAAUGACAAAAUAUUGUUCUGUCAUGAGGUCUGAAGUAUAACAAUUUUCAUAUUAGCAGGCAUUUGUCUAACAAUGUGUUUAUGGUUGAAUUUGACAGAUGCUGAGCAAACCAGAAAAUUGCUGUGGACUGAAAGAAAGUGAAGUGCUUUCCCUACUUAAUGACGUUGGUAUGUACUGUACCACACCAUUGUAUUGUGUAUAAAUCGUUGCUCUGCAUAGAGCUGAUUUCUGAAUGGUCUUAACAGGUUCAGGCAUCCAGUAUUUACAUGAAAACAAGAUCAUACACAGAGACCUUAAACCAGAAAACGUAGUGCUGCAGGAUGUCAACGGAAAGGUAACCCAAUAUUUAUGGACCAGCACACAGAAUGUCACCAUGCUCUGUUGUUUAAAACUGUCUACAUUUUUGUGCUAUUGGUGUUGUAAAGUGUGACAUUGGCUAUGGUGACAUUGUCUGUUAUUUUGAAAGAUUACUGUUCAUCUUGCAAUGUUACUAUUUCUCAUAAUGUUUUCCUUGUUCAGUUGGUUCACAAAAUCAUAGACUUGGGCUAUGCCAAAGACUUGGACCAGGGGAGUCUGUGUACCUCUUUUGUGGGAACACUGCAGUACCUGGUGAGCAUAUUAUCUAUCCCCUGCAAGCACUCCUAGAUUCCUAUUGAUUCAACGCUACACCACUGUCUUUGUUUGUUAAAACCGGACUUACAUAUUGAUACAUUGCAUAUAUUUUCCCCAGGCACCUGAGCUAUUUGAGAAUAAGCCUUACACUGUCACAGUGGACUACUGGAGUUUUGGCACAAUGAUAUUUGAAUGCAGCUGUGGAUUCCGUCCGUUUCUGCACAAUCUUCAGCCUGUCCAAUGGUAGUUGUCCCUCUGCAUUUGAUUGUGUGUCCAACCCUAAAGGAGUAACAUUAAAACAGUAACACAGUUUUCAGGUGCUAGUUUUAAUUCGAAGUUAUCCUCCAAGGGGCACUAGGUAACCAUCCUAAAUUCCAUUUCAAUGUUGUUAUUUUUCAGGGCCAGCAAAGUGCGGAACAAAGGCCCCAAAGACAUCAUGGCUGUGGAGGAAUUGAAUGGGGAAGUCAGAUUCUCCACACAUCUACCAUACCCCAACAAUCUAAGCAGGUCCGACGCCAUCACACACUUCAUUCUGAUGGCAUUAUUAACUACCUGUCGACUAACUUGUCUAUGUGCAGUUGAAGUCUGAAGUUUACAUACACUUAGGUUGGAGUCAUUAAAACUUGUUUUUCAACCACUCCACAAAUUUCUUGUUAACAAACUAUAGUUUUGGCAAGUCGGUUAGGACAUCUACUUUGUGCAUGACACAAGUAAUUUUUCCAACAAUUGUUUACAGACAGAUUAUUUCACUUAUAAUUCACUGUAUCGCAAUUCCAGUGGGUCAGAAGUUUACAUACACAAAGUUAACUGUGCCUUUAAAGAGCUUGGAAAAUUCCAGAAAAUGAUGUCAUGGCUUUAGAAGCUUUUGAUAGGCUAAUUGACAUCAUUUGAGUCAAUUGGAGGUGUACCUGUGGAUGUAUUUCAAGGCCUACCUUCAAACUCAGUGCCUCUUUGCUUGACAUCACGGGAAAAUCUAAAGAAAUCAGCCAAGACCUCAGAAAAAAUUUGUAGACCUCCACAAGUCUGGUUCAUCCUUGGGAGCAAUUUCCAAACGCCUGAAGGUACCAUGUUCAUCUGUACAAACAAUAGUACGCAAGUAUAAACACCAUGGAACCACGCAGCCGUCAUACCACUCAGGAAGGAGACGCGUUCUGUCUCCUAGAGAUUAACGUACUUUGGUGCGAAAAGUGCAAAUCAAUCCCAGAACAACAGCAAAGGACCUUGUGAAGAUGCUGGAGGAAAUGGGUACAAAAGUAUCUAUAUCCACAGUAAAACGAGUCCUAUAUCAACAUAACCUGAAAGGCCGCUCAGCAAGGAAGAAGCCACUGCUCCAAAACCGCCAUAAAAAAGCCAGACUAAGGUUUGCAACUGCACAUGGGGACAAAUAUCGUACUUUUUGGAGAAAUAUCCUCUGGUCUGAUGAAACAAAAAUAGAACUGUUUGGCCAUUAUGACCAUCGUUAUGUUUGGAAGAAAAAGGGGGUUGCUUGCAAGCCGAAGAACACCAUCACAACCGUGAAGCACGGGGGUGGCAGCAUCAUGCUGUGGGGGUGCUUUGCUGCAGGAGGGACUGGUGCACUUCACAAAAUAGAUGGCAUCAUGAGGAAGGAAAAUUAUGUGGAUAUAUUGAAGCAACAUCUCAAGACAUCAGUCAGGAAGUUAAAGCUUGGUCGCAGAUGGGUCUUCCAAAUGGACAAUGACCCCAAGCAUACUUCCAAAGUUGUGGCAAAAUGGCUUAAGGACAACAAAGUCAAGGUAUUUGAGUGGCCAUCACAAAGCCCUGAUCUCAAUCCUAUAGAAAAUUUGUGGGCAGAACUAAAAAAGAGUGUGCGAGCAAGGAGGCCUACAAACCUGACUCAGUUACACCAGCUCUGUCAGGAGGAAUGGGCCAAAAUUCACCCAACUUAUUGUGGGAAGCUUGUGGAAGGCUACCCGAAACGUUUGACCCAAGUUAAACAAUUUAAAGGCAAUGCUACCAAAUACUAAUUGAGUGUAUGUAAACUUCUGACCCACUGGGAAUGUGAUGAAAGAAAUAAAAGCUGAAAUAAAUCAUUCUCUCUACUAUUAUUCUGAUAUUUCACAUUCUUAAAAUAGUGGUGAUCCUAACUGACCUAAGACAGGGAAUUUUUACUCUAAUUAAAUGUCAGGAAUUGUGAAAACUGAGUUUAAAUGUAGUUGGCUAAGGUGUAUGUAAACUUCCGACUUCAACUGUAUAGCAGGGGUGCACAGCUCUGGUCCUCGAAGGAUGUGUAUGCUGGUUUUCAUCAUAACCUUUAGCCACAGACUUUCUACCUGGGGAAACUAGGGGCCUGCUCAGUAGGGUGCCAUGUAACAGAACAUUGAUAUAUAUAUAUAUAUAUAUAUAUAUAUAUAUAUAUAUAUAUAUAUAUAUAUAUAUAUAUAUAUAUAUAUAUAUAUAUAUAUAGUACAUUUUUAUUUUAUUUUUCACAGAUAUGAUUGUCUGUCAUGUAGAACAGUGAAUCGUGUCAGCUCAAUUUAUGACAACAUUCUGAAUGUUUCACCUCAUUGCGUAGCAUAACUUGAAAAUCAAAAAGCAGGACUCUGUAACUGGAGAGAAACGACCCUUGACCUGUAUAGAGUGGACCUAUUUGUUUCCCCUCCACCAGGGGGGAAGUUCAUUUAUGUUGUGCUCAUUCAGGACACUGCUGGAGCCCAUGGAGAUGCUGCUUCAACUGAUGCUGAAAUGGGAUCCUGUCCAGAGGGGAGGCAAGACCAACGCUGACAGCAAGAAACCCCAGUGCUUUGAAGUGCUGGAACAAAUAUUAUGCAUGAAGGUUAGUUCUGUAAUGUAUCAUACUGUAUCUCUUGAGCUGACCUUAGUCUUUCAGAUUCUCUGUCAAGGCUGGCCUCAUUUAUGUGGUUUGGUCUCAUAGGCAAAAUUGUUGGCCUGUUAGUGCUUGAUAUUUUGGAUUGACUCAAUCUGCUAGCCAAUCGGCUUCCUUUAUUUUACCCAUAUAUUCUCUCCCAUUUGCAGGUUGUCCACAUCCUGAACAUGACCACGGCCCAGGUCCACUCCUUCCAACUGGCCCCAGACGAGAGCCUCCAUAGCCUGCAGCGCCGCAUCGAGACAGAGACCAAGAUUGAGCUGGUCAACCAGGAGCUUUUGCAGGAGACAGGGGUGUCGCUGGACCCCAGGAAGGCUGCAGCCCAGUGUGUCCUUGACGGGGUGGUAAGACUCCUUUUGGUUCCACUCUGCUACUUUGGUGGUGUAAUGUUAUUUGUUAGAAUGUAGUUUUGAUUGCCUGGAUACCCAAACUCCUUGCUCUGGCCAAAUGCUACGCCAUGCCCAUGGACGUUAGUUUCUUCUCCGCAGUGAGUCUGGAUCUGAGUACCUCCCUGACAAUUUCUAGAAUGGAAAUCCGUUCUGGACCAUCUGAUUGGUCCCAGAAACCGAUAGGUUGGGCCAGAGCCAAAACACAUGUGGGUAAAGCGACGUUUUGAAAAUUCGUCAUUGGCAUUGAUACUCUGAUUGGUUAGAGAUGAUCCAAUCACUGAUAACUUUGUUUUGUACAACACCCCUUAUUUUGACGUCACCACAAACGACUUCAAUGACGGCAGUCUCAGACUGAAGUAUGUAAUGAACGAUAGAGCAGCGGAAUAAUUCAUUUUGAGUCGUCAGUCAAGUUUCGAUACAACACAUUGGAAAUCUUAGUCACCUCUUUAGCAUUAAAAUGUUUAGCAUUUGACCUCCAUGUAAAGUGGUUGUGUGUGUGUUUUUGUGUGUUGUUCAGCGAGGCUGGGACAGUUACAUCAUCUAUUUGUUUGACAAGAGCCUCACCAAGUACUCUGGUCCCUUCAGUGCUAGACAGCUGCCUGAUAAAGUCAACACUAUUGGUGAGUCCUGCCUUCUCUGCCCGCUGAUAAAUAUUUUGAGACGUUAAGCCGAUUGGAUCAAAAUACAAGCUCAUGCAAUUAGAGGUAGUGCUUUGUUUUAGUUUUUUGGGCAAAAACUGAAUUGAGCAUUCGGUUAAACUAGUGCUUCUUCCAUCGUUUGGUUCAAAGAUGUCUUCAGUUUGUUCUUCCGUCAUAUGUACCAAGACUUAUGUAGAAGCUUGUCAUCCUUUUUCCCAGUACGGGAGGCUAAGUCCCAGCUGCCCCUGGUGGUGCUGAAGAAAGUGUGGGGCGAGGCGGUGAGUUACAUCUGUGGACUGAAGGACGACUACAGCAGAUUGUUCCAGGGCCAGAGGGCUGCCAUGUGAGUAAGCCAGCCUGCUGUACGAGAAUAAAACAAAUCUGAAAGGAAGUGAGGUUCUUUAUGUUGAGACAUUACCAUAUUCCCAAACCGAAAUGGCUAAAAGAAGUUCCCAGACUUGCUUAUGAAGAAUCAGCCAUUUGCUUUUUCAUCUGUGGCGUGUGAGUCAAUGUUCUGAGCUUUGCAGUCGCAGCCGUGCAGCUCCUUCACAGCUACCACACAGAAGCUUUCCAGCCCGCGCAGAGAAGCACGAGAUUGAACUCCAAGGAACUUCACUAGAGUUGCCUCAUUAGUUUACACUAGCUUUCAGAUAAACUUUUCUUUCUGAUGUGGGAAUUGUGGUCGAAUUAACAUAAUAGCACCCCCUUUAAAUGCAGCAAACCUAACUUUGCAAGAUUGAGUCAGUGAUUUUGUUGUAGGCAAGAAGUUGGAGUAGAAUUUGUGCAUUUUGACAGGCACGAGUGAGUGGUCUUUCAAUUACCCGCGGGCGCGAGUAGAUGCUCUUAAAACUGGUACAGCCUCACUGUUCAAAGUAAAAGCGUUCCAGAAAUCGCACAGAAGGCUCACAAUGUUCACCUUUCCGCUCACGAGCCCUGAAAUUUGUUCGACACUGACAUUUUUUGGAGGGGAAAUUGGUGUGAUUCUGUGUUAUCUUGAUGUACAUUACUGUCUUUGAACAGACAGUUAUUCUAUUCUGUGUGUUUGUCCAGGCUGAGCCUCCUGCGCUACAACACCAACCUGACCCGGUGCAAGAACGGCAUGUUUGCCUUUUCCCAGCAGCUGAAGGCCAAGCUGGACUUCUUCAAGAGCAGCAUUCAAUACGACCUGGAGAAGUACAGCGACCAGAUGCAUUAUGGGAUCUGUGAGUGUCUGCUGGCUAAUGAUUGGUAGUGCCAAGAAUAGUCACCCACAUGGCCCUGUGUCUGAAAUGGUACCAUUUUCCUUAUAUAGUGCGCUGCUUUUGGAUCAGGGCCCAUAGUAGGGAAUAGAGUGCCAGUUCAGAAGCAACAAUGGUUUUGUAUUGUGAAAAGAUGGAGUUUUGUGUUUUUUUCUAUCCUACAGCCUCAGAGAAGAUGCUGAAAGCCUGGCAGGAGAAUGAGGAGAAGGCUGCUGCAUAUGCACAGGUACCAGCAGGGAUGGGGACAAACUUAGGAAUCUUGUUGUAUGCAUUCCAGGUGUAAAAUAUAUUCUCAUGUACAAUGGGUUUUAUUCAUUCCAAAUUGAUUUUUGGUAUCGAACACAACUGCCCUUGUUUCGGUAAAAGGCUGAGGAAUGGGACUGGAGAAAUGUAACCACUCAAAUUCAUAGACCGAGCUAUGGAUGCAAGGACUGACCAUCCAUGAUAUCAAAAUUUAUAGUUUUGACCAUGUUUUGAGGCUAUAAACUGUUUGUUUAGAAUUACUUUGUUUACAAAUAUUGGACUAAAACAAGCUUAUAUUUGGGGUUCUGAUGGGGUAUGACAGUUGAACUAAGCUCAUGAGGCAUUAAUACGUUACAGUGCCUUCGGAAAGUACAUUUUUAUAAAUCCUCAGCAUUCUACACACAAUACCCCAGAAUGACAAAGCAAAAACAGUUUUUUAAAAAUAUUCAUACCCUUCGCUAUUAGACUCGAAAUUGAGCUCAGGUGCAUCCUGUUUCCAUUGAUCGUCCUUGAGAUGUUUCUACAACUUGAUUGGAGUCCACCUGUGGUAAAUGCAAUUAAUUGGACAUUAUUUGGAAAGGCACACAAGUAUUUGAAAGGAGAACAAGUAUUUGAUACACUGCCGAUUUUGCAGGUUUUCCUACUUACAAAGCAUGUAGAGGUCUGUAAUUUUUUAUCAUAGGUACACUUCAACUGUGAGAGACGGAAUCUAAAACAAAAAUCCUGAAAAUCACAUUGUAUGAUUUUUAAGUAAUUAAUUUGCAUUUUAUUGCAUGACAUAAGUAUUUGAUACAUCAGAAAAGCAGAACUUAAUAUUUGGUACAGAAACCUUUGUUUGUAAUUACAGAGAUAAUAUGUUUGUGGUAGGUAUUGACCAGGUUUGCACACACUGCAGCAGGGAUUUUGGCCCACUCCUCCAUACAGACCUUCUCCAGAUCCUUCAUGUUUCGGGGCUGUUGCUGGGCAAUACGGACUUUCAGCUCCCUCCAAAGAUUUUCUAUUGGGUUCAGGUCUGGAGACUGGCUAGGCCACUCCAGGACCUUGAGAUGCUUCUUACGGAGCCACUCCUUAGUUGCCUUGGCUGUGUGUUUCGGGUCAUUGUCAUGCUGGAAGACCCAGCCACGACCCAUCUUCAAUGCUCUUACUGAGGGAAGGAGGUUGUUGGCCAAGAUCUCGCGAUACAUGGCCCCAUCCAUCCUCCCCUCAAUACGGUGCAGUCGUCCUGUCCCCUUUGCAGAAAAGCAUCCCCAAAGAAUGAUGUUCCCACCUCCAUGCUUCACGGUUGGGAUGGUGUUCUUGGGGUUAUACUCAUCCUUCUUCUUCCUCCAAACACGGCGAGUGGAGUUUAGACCAAAAAGCUCUAUUUUUGUCUCAUCAGAUCACAUGACCUUCUCCCAUUCCUCCUCUGGUCAUUGGCAAACUUCAGACGGGCCUGGACAUGCGCUGGCUUGAGCAGGGGGACCUUGCGUGCGCUGCAGGAUUUUAAUCCAUGACGGCGUAGUGUGUUACUAAUGGUUUUCUUUGAGACUGUGGUCCCAGCUCUCUUCAGGUCAUUGACCAGGUCCUGCCGUGUAGUUCUGGGCUGAUCCCUCACCUUCCUCAUGAUCAUUGAUGCCCCACGAGGUGAGAUCUUGCAUGGAGCCCCCAAGGGUGAUUGACCGUCAUCUUGAACUUCUUCCAUUUUCUAAUAAUUGCGCCAACAGUUGUUGCCUUCUCACCAAGCUGCUUGCCUAUUGUCCUGUAGCCCAUCCCAGCCUUAUGGAGGUCUACAAUUUUAUCCCUGAUGUCCUUACACAGCUCUCUGGUCUUGGCCAUUGUGGAGAGGUUGGAGUCUGUUUGUUUGAGUGUGUGGACAGGUGUCUUUUAUACAGGUAACGAGUUCAAACAGGUGCAGUUAAUACAGGUAAUGAGUGGAGAACAGGAGGGCUUCUUAAAGAAAAACGAACAGGUCUGUGAGAGCCGGAAUUCUUACUGGUUGGUAGGUGAUCAAAUACUUAUGUCAUGCAAUAAAAUGCAAAUUAAUUACUUAAAAAUCAUACAAUGUGAUUUUCUGGAUUUUUUAGAUUCCGUCUCUCACAGUUGAAGUGUACCUAUGAUAAAAAUUACAGACCUCUACAUGCCUUGUAAGUAGGAAAACCUGCUAAAUUGGCAGUGUAUCAAAUACUUGUUCUCCCCACUGUAAGGUCCCACAGUUGACAGUGCAUGUCAGAGCAAAAACCAAGCCAUGAGGUAGAAGAAAUUGUCCAUAGAGCUCUGAGACAGGAUUGUGUCAAGGCACAGAUUUAGGGAAGGGUACCAAAAAAUGUCUGCAGCAUAGAAGGUCCCCAAGAACACAGUGGCCUCCAUCAUUCUUAAAUGGAAGAAGUUUGGAACCACCAAGACUCUUCCUAGAGCUGGCCACCCGGCCAAACUGAGCAAUCGGAGGAGAAGGGCCUUGGUCUGGGAGGUGACCAAGAACCCGAUGUUCACUCUGACAGAGCUCUAGAGUUCUUCUGUGGAGAUGGGAGCCUUCCAGAUGGACAACCAUCUCUGCCUCACUCCACCAAUCAGGCCUUUAUAGUAGAGUGGCCAGACAGAAGCCACUCCUCAGUGAAAGGCACAUGAUAACCCGCUUGGAGUUUGCCAAAAGGCACCUAAAGACUCUGACCAUGAGAAACAAGAUUCUCUGGUCUGAUGAAAUCAAGAUUGAACUCUUUGGCCUGAAUGUAAAGCGUCACGUCUGGAGGAAACCUGGCACCAUCCCUACGGUGAACCAUGGUGGUGGCAGAAUCAUGCUGUGGGGAUGUUUUUCAGCGGCAGGGACUGGGAGACUAGUCAGGAUCGAGGGAAAGAUUAAUGGAGCAAAGUGCAGAGAGAUCCUUGAUGAAAACCUGCUCCAGAGUGCUCAGGACCUCAGACUGGGGCGAAGGUUCACCUUCCAACAGGACAACGACCCUAAGGACACAGCCAAGACAACGCAGGAGUGACUUUGGGACAAGUCUCUGAAUGUCCUUGAGUGGCCCAGCCAGAGCCCGGACUUGAACCUGAUCGAACAUCUCUGGAGAGACCUGAAAAUAGCUGUGCAGCAACUCUCCCCAUCCAACCUGACAGAACUUGAGAGGAUCUGCAGAGAAGAAUGUGAGAAACUCCCCAAAUACAGGUGUGCCAAGCUUGUAGCGUCAUACCCAAGAAGACUUGAGGCUGUAAUCGCUGCCAAAGGUGCUUUAACAAAGUACUGAGUAAAGGGUCUGAAUACUUAUGUAAAUGUGAUAUUUCAGUUUUUUAUUCUUAAUAAAUUAGAAAACAUUUCUAAACUGUUUUUGCUUUGUCAUUAUGGGCUAUUGUGUGUAGAUUGAUGAUGGGGGGGAGGGGGGGACGACUACUUAAUCCAGUUUAGAAUAAGGCUGUAACGCAACAAAAUGUGGAAAAAAGUCAAGGGGUCUGAAUACUUUCAGAAUGCACAGUAUAUUCUUCAAGAAUCAAUGGGUACAUAUCAUUAAUUUAUAUGUCCAAAAAAUUGAUGUAGCAACUGAAGAUUGCCCAUUUAACCACAGAUCUAGAAUCAGAUUACCCCACCAAUCCUAACUGUAAUCAUCAGGUUAAUAAAAGUAUGACCCUCUAUCAGUGCUUAGGGACAACCUCUACCUAUUACCAUUGAAAGACCAUGUGUAAUGUGUCUUGUCCACUAGGUGGCGGAGGUGAGCCACCUGGAUGAGGAAAUCAUGUCUUUACACUCAGAGAUUGUGGAGCUGCAGCGGAGUCCCUACGCCCGUCGCCAAGGAGACGUCAUGGAGCAGCUGUGAGUGUUCUAUGCUAGGCAUGAAUUACAUGCUCUGUCUCUACUCAAUGAAACGCAUCAAGGGUCUGUCUAAGUGUCGGAGCGAUGUUCUAUCGAUUCCUGGGGUCAUUUCAUGUUGUCAUGUGUAUCUGAACUAUACGCCGUUCAAGCAGGCAGAAAUAUAGCCGGUAUGACGCAAAACUUGUCAUACCGGCUGUAUUUCUGCCUGCUUGAACGCGAAUCGAUAGAACAUCACUCAGAGAUGCACAAAUAAAAUAUAACAUUAAAAACGGGUGACUCUUUCCUUUUAAGUAGAAGUGGAUGGAGCCUUAUUGAGAUGUUUGGUUUCUGUGUCAGGCUAAAGCUAGUAGGUGACCUGACAGCUAACCCAAUGUUUUUGUUUGUUUUUAUUUGCAUUGCCAGAGAAGUGUUUCCCAACCCUGGUCCUCCAGUACCCCCAACAGUACAGUUUCGUUAUAGCCCUUGACAAACACACCUCAUUCAACUCAUUGAUGGCUUGAUGAUUAGUUGACAAGUUGAGUCAGGUGUGCUUGUCCAGGGUUACAAUAAAAAUGGGUACUGUUGGGGGUACUCGAGGACCAGGGUUGGGAAACACUGAUCUAGAGUACUCAAAUGCAAACUUUUAAGAAGAAAAGGUCAACUCUGCUGUAUAAAAUUCAUGUGAUUUCAGAGAGAAGGCGGCGAUUGAACUCUACAAACAACUGAAGAUUAAAUGCAGAAGUAAGCCACUUUUGUCCAAUAAACAGUCACUGCAUUGCAGCUGUCGUAAAUUUCCAUAAGACGGUAGUACUUUUGGAUAUUGAAUAGAAUCUGUAAUCGUACGACUGUAGUUCUAAACAAUACCACCUUCUGACACCAGUGUGCUGUUCUUCCCUCAGCGCCUGACCCUGAUGUGAGCAGCGACAGCUCCGAGAUGGUUAAAGCCAUCAUCCAGACUGUCCAGAACCAGGACAAGGUCCUCCGAGACCUCUACACACACCUCAGGUAGACAGGGUCUGGCACUGUUCAGUGGACUGUCAUAUCACCUGGGUCACCAACUGAACGUUGCAGAUAGAAAUAUAAUUCAUAGAGCUGACAUGAUUCUAUACUCUACAUGUCAGAGAGGCAUGUCUGUUCUAUGCAAUAUAUUUAUCUCGAAUUCUGAACGUUCCGCAACAAUGUGGUGAUAUGGCUGCCUAGUUGGAUUUUGUCCUCUUUGCUAUUCCUGAGGUUUUACCGUCUGUCCCCCCAUGCAGUAAGAUCUUACUGAGCAAGCAGAAGAUCAUUGACCUGUUCCCGCGCAUUGAGAAGACGCUGGAGAACAUCAAGGAUGCCGACAACACCGUGAUGCAGAUGCAGAUCAAGAGACAGAGAGAGUUCUGGCACCUACUGAAGAUUGCCUGUGUGAGUGAUGGAGAGGUUUUAUCUAUAGAACCAGAGUUAAGUUAGUCAUAAGAUCAUGAACUCAUGUGAUUUACUCUUAAGAUGGCAUUGGGUUAUUUUAAGUUGUGCAAUUUUCUAUAGAACUCACUUAGCUAGCUAGGUCAUAAUAUGUGAACAUGUGUUCAAUGUAAGUAAUGGCAUUUGUCUUCUCCCAGGCUCAGAACUCUGCAAGGAACUCGAUAGCAGCCAGCCCAGAGUUGUCCAACCCCCUGCAGGUGUCCCAGUGGGCCCAGUCUGCCCAGCCCAUCAGCAACCCUCACCCCCUCACCUCCCUACCUGGACCCAACGAUAGGUACUGGGCUAUACAGUAGACAGACAGGAGGGGUUGAUGUGUUAUGUAGCAGACUGAAAAGGAAUGUCCUUAGUACAGUUGGUGACUUGUCUCUCUAUCUUUCCCUCCAGUGAUGCUGCCCCACGUCUGCUUCAGGAGAACCAGAAGUACCUCAGUCAGCUGACCAGCCUGAUGCAGGAAGCUGCUGACGAGCAGUCCAAAAGCAUAGUGGUGAGUUGGGCCAUUUUCUCUCAGCUGGCAAGACUUGUAAUGGAAGCCUGGUAUUCUGUCAAUGCAGUGGCUUAUAUUUCACUGUUGCACGUCACCACAUUUUCUGCAGUGUGUUAAGUCACACACAUCUAUACUGAACAAAAAUAUAAACUCAACAUGCAAAAAUGUCAACAAAUGUACGAAGUUACAGUUCAUAUAAGGAAAUCAGUUAAAUAAAUUCCUUAGGCCUUAAUCUAUGGAUUUCACAUGACUGGGCAGGGGCGCAGCCAUAGGGUGCCUGGGAGGGCACAGGCCCACCCACUUGGGAGCCAGGCUUAACCACGGGGCAGCCAUGCCCAGCCAAUCAGAUUGAGUUUUCCCCACAAAAGGGCUUUAUUACAGACAGAAAUACUCCUCAGUUUCAUCAGCUGAACGGGUGGCUGGUCUCAGAUGAUCCCGCCGGUGAAGAAGCCUGAUGUGGAGGUCCCAGACUGGCGUGGUUACACGUGGUCUGCGGUUGUGAGGCCGGUUGGACGUACUGCCAAAUUCUCUAAAAUGACGUUGGAGGUGGCUUAUGGUAGAGAAAUGUACAUUUAAUUCUCUGGCAACAGUUCUGGUGGACAUUCCUGCAGUCAGCAUGCCAAUUGCACGCUCCCUCAAAACUUGAGACAUCUGUGGCAUUGUGUUGUGUGACAAAACUGUACAUUUUAGUGGCCUUUUAUUGUCCUCAGCACAAGGUGCACCUGUGUAAUGAUCAUGCUGUUUAAUCAGCUUCUUGAUAUGCCACACCUGUCAGGUGGAUGGAUUAUCUUGGCAAUGGAGAAAUGCUCACUAACUGGGAUGCAAACCAAAUUUGAGAGAAAUAAGCUUUUUGUGCGUAUGGAAAUUUUCUGGGAUCUUUUAGUUCAGCUGAUGAAACAUGGGACCAACACUUUUCAUGUUGCGUUUAUAUUUUUGUUCAGUAUAUUUAUAACAUGUAAUUGAAACCUGAAACAUGUAGGUACUUGUUAAAUUGGCACCACUGGUGUGCUUCAUUUACCAGUCACACUCUUAUGUAAGUCCACUCCCUAUCAGGGUGGGAUUCGGUGUCCCAGGUCAGGAGGGUGAUGAGGUUCCCUCUCAAUCUCUUUUAUCCAACCUUGUGUUGUAUUAAGUGUGCUUAAACAUUUCCUUAAGGCUAACUGGCUAAUCUCAUCCAUUCAAAACAUGUCUGGGGAGGUUGGCUGCCUUUGCUGGAGGGCACUGAGCUUGAUACUGUGUCUAAACCACAACCCAAACACCAUGGUCGUCACUAGUUACCACAGCCACAAAGUCAAACCCCACCUAUUUCUACAAUUUGUCUUCUUCAAAUGUGAUUUUAAACCUUAACCACAACCACACUGCUAACCUUAUGCCUAGGCUUAAAUUAAAACCAAAAACCACAUUUUUGUUUUCAUAAUUUUUUUACGAUAUAGCCAAUUUUGACUUUGUGGCCACUCCACAGUUAACCCUUUGUUUGUUACAGCGACAGCCUUAAAGCUACAUUGAGGUGAAGUGUUAUGUCAUAAUCUCUUUGUAGGACCAAGAUUGGAGCUGGACUAAAUACGAAACGUUGUCUACGAAACUGCAAAAAUGAAAUGUGUGAAUACAUGUCAACAACAAACAAAGCACCGUCCAGCUCAUCCCUGCCUGCCCUCCAACCAAGUAACACUAAGGACUGAAUUUUGUUAACAUAAUGGAGUCACGGUGGUUUAUGUAGCUGUACAUUUUGAUGUGUGGAUUUGGUCAUUCACUUUAACGGCUAACUUGAGCUUCUAAAAACAAAAAGGCAGAUAACAAAAUACACAUGCUCAAUGGUUUUCUCUUCUCCAUUUUCUCAUCUAUUUGGUGGGACAGGUGGAUGAUGUAUCAUUGUUUUUAUAUGAACAAAAAAACUAUCUGAACACAGAAGACAAAUGUCACCUUUUGCCUCCCAGAUCAUUGUGAAAAUCUAAGUACCACUAUUCAUCAAAGUCCAUAUUUUACUAUAAUUAUCUUAUUCAAGUAUCAGAAUAACUUAAAUCAGGUGAACUGUAGCAUCUGAUUGUGAGUCAAAGUUUUGGAAUUAUGGAGUAUAGCUAGAAAGUGUUUGGGCUAAGGAAAUGGGACUGAUAAGAAAGCUUUAUAUGCAUGCACGUUUGUAUUGAGCCCCAUCAUCAUGUAUCAUGUGAUGUGACACAGCACAAGGAAAAGAGAGAGGGGGAAGGAAAUUACAAUCAAGCAACAGCACUUUGACAUUCCCAAGUAUCCUCAUUGAAGUAGUCAGACAUCCUGGGUCCUAGAUUCCCCCUAGAACCCUGUUGCUGAGUCUGUGCCCUUGUGACACACCUCUUGUUACAAUCACCCAAUGGGACAGGAAAUGUAUAAACUGUAUUUAAAAUCAAGUCCUGCAUCGAUCAAGGGGAAAGUGUUUUGACCGUAUGUAAAUCGUAUUUUGAUUUAAUAAAAGUAUUCUAUCAUGACUAAACACACUUUACAUGGAAGGGGGAAAGAUGGACAUCCUAUAGUUACUUUGUGACGUUUGUGACCAAGGAUGCUGGUAUGUUUUUCCUUUUGUUGAUAUGUUUAAACCUGAAAAUAGAAUACCACAAGUUCAAUUCAAUUUGUCAGGUGUGCUUUAGUGUGCUUUCUUUUCACUGGAUGCUCAAUGUAUGGAUAAAUAUUGCGGGCCAUGAUAAAUGAUUGAAUGUACUGUAGUUACAAACCCCAGAGGUGUAACUUAAGUGUUGAGUGUAACCAAGAUAAAGCGCACACUUUGCUCCAGAAAGAGAUGUACGUUAAAUCUAUAAGUUGUAUUUAUGUAGUUUAAAUGCAAUGGAUAACAUUUAUUUGUAUUUAAGUGACAUGCUAUGUCAGUUUCCCGCUUCAAGGUUUGUCUCCGUCUGAUGGUUUUAACAUGUCUAAAUGUUUACUUUUUAGCAAUUGUAUUGUAUAGAUAUCAAACAUUGACUUGGUAUUACAAUAAAAACGGACUUGGCAUGAAUUUGAAUUGCUUAUGUUAGUUCUAAUAGUUCUAAGAAGCUAAUGUUUGUGGUACACCCUGUUUCUGCCAGUGGUGACCACUGUCCAUAUUUUCUGCUCUACCAAAUUCCAAAGGUGGAUUUUAACUGAGGCUUGCUGAAGACUGCGGCAUCUUUGUGAAAGAGAGAAAAGGUUUUAUGAAGGAGUUGUUCAAAGAAUGUUUUGAUAAUUCUAAACGAUCAAUCCAUAAAUAACGGUGUCUCUUGCGCUUUUGGCAAUGAUUUCACGAGGCCUAUUUCACAUGAUAUGCCUAAAUACUUAUAACCACAAGGCUUAUAAAUAAACACUUAUUUUGAUUAUUUAAUUACCUACAUGUGAUUUCAAGUUAUCCAUUUGGAGCGCAACAUCACAUUGUUAAAAAGGAUGUCUAAAUUGGGCAUGCCAAUAAAUUGUGAAAUUGAAGGCAUCUAGGGCUUAUGUUAACUUUGAUUGUGUUUGAUGAAAAUGUUAGAACUUUCAAAUGUACAGUGGGGAAAAAAUGUAUUUAGUCAGCCACCAAUUGUGCACUUUCUCCCACUUAAAAAGAUGAGAGAGGCCUGUCAUUUUCAUCAUAGGUACACGUCAACUAUGACAGACAAAUUGAGAAAAGAAAAUCCAGAAAAUCACAUUGUAGGAUUUUUAAUGAAUUUAUUUGCAAAUUAUGGUGGAAAAUAAGUAUUUGGUCACCUACAAACAAGCAAGAUUUCUGGCUCUCACAGACCAGUAACUUCUUCUUUAAGAGGCUCCUCUGUCCUCCACUCAUUACCUGUAUUAAUGGCACCUGUUUGAACUUGUUAUCAGUAUAAAAGACACCUGUCCACAACCUCAAACAGUCACACUCCAAACUCCACUAUGGCCAAGACCAAAGAGCUGUCAAAGGACACCAGAAACAAAAUUGUAGACCUGCACCAGGCUGGGAAGACUGAAUCUGCAAUAGGUAAGCAGCUUGGUUUGAAGAAAUCAACUGUGGGAGCAAUUAUUAGGAAAUGGAAGACAUACAAGACCACUGAUAAUCUCCCUCGAUCUGGGGCUCCACGCAAGAUCUCACCCCGUGGGGUCAAAAUGAUCACAAGAACGGUGAGCAAAAAUCCCAGAACCACACGGGGGGACCUAGUGAAUGACCUGCAGAGAGCUGGGACCAAAGUAACAAAGCCUACCAUCAGUAACACACUACGCCACCAGGGACUCAAAUCCUGCAGUGCUAGACGUGUCCCCCUGCUUAAGCCAGUACAUGUCCAGGCCCGUCUGAAGUUUGCUAGAGUGCAUCCAGAAGAGGAUUGGGAGAAAGUCAUAUGGUCAGAUGAAACCAAAAUAUAACUUUUUGGCAAAAACUCAACUUGUCGUGUUUGGAGGACAAAGAAUGCUGAGUUGCAUCCAAAGAACACCAUACCUACUGUGAAGCAUGGGAGUGAAAACAUCAUCCUUUGGGGCUGUUUUUCUGCAAAGGGACCAGGACGACUGAUCCGUGUAAAGGAAAAAUGAAUGGGGCCAUGUAUCGUGAGAUUUUGAGUGAAAACCUCCUUCCAUCAGCAAGGGCAUUGAAGAUGAAACGUGGCUGGGUCUUUCAGCAUGACAAUGAUCCCAAACACACCGCCCGGGCAACGAAGGAGUGGCUUCGUAAGAAGCAUUUCAAGGUCCUGGAGUCUCCAGAUCUCAACCCCAUAGAAAAUCUUUGGAGGGAGUUGAAAGUCCGUGUUGCCCAGCGACAGCCCCAAAACAUCACUGCUCUAGAGGAGAUCUGCAUGGAGGAAUGGGCCAAAAUACCAGCAACAGUGUGUGAAAACCUUGUGAAGACUUACAGAAAACGUUUGACCUGUGUCAUUGCCAACAAAGGGUAUAUAAGAAAGUAUUGAGAAACUUUUGUGAUUGACCAAAUACUUAUUUUCCACCAUAAUUUGCAAAUAAAUUCAUUAAAAAUCCUACAAUGUGAUUUUCUGGAUAUUUUUUUCUCAUUUUGUCUGUCAUAGUUGACGUGUACCUAUGAUGAAAAUUACAGGCCUCUCUCAUCUUUUUAAGUGGGAGAACUUGCACAAUUGGUGGCUGACUAAAUACUUUUUUUCCCCACUGUAUGCCUACUGUGCCAAAGUGAUUUAGAGUUGUUAAACAGGAGUGAGGAGUGUGUUGAAAUAAUGGUAAUUAUUGUCAAAAUUCCACUUUUAACAACCAUCAGAAUUGGUUGAAAAAAAGUUAUCCGUGCCAACAUACAGUGGGGAAAAAAGUAUUUAGUCAGCCACCAAUUGUGCAAGUUCUCCCACUUAAAAAGAUGAGAGAGGCCUGUAAUUUUCAUCAUAGGUACACGUCAACUAUGAUAGACAAAAUGAGGAAAAGAAAUCCAGAAAAUCACAUUGUAGGAUUUUUUAUGAAUUUAUUUGCAAAUUAUAUGGUGGAAAAUAAGUAUUUGGUCAAUAACAAAAGUUUCUCAAUACUUUGUUAUAUACCCUUUGUUGGCAAUGACACAGGUCAAAUGUUUUCUGUAAGUCUUCACAAGGUUUUAACACACUGUUGCUGGUAUUUUGGCCCAUUCCUCCAUGCAGAUCUCCUCUAGAGCAGUGAUGUUUUGGGGCUGUCGCUGGGCAACACGGACUUUCAACUCCCUCCAAAGAUUUUCUAUGGGGUUGAGAUCUGGAGACUGGCUAGGCCACUCCAGGACCUUGAAAUGCUUCUUACGAAGCCACUCCUUCGUUGCCUGGGCGGUGUGUUUGGGAUCAUUGCCAUGCUGAAAGACCCAGCCACGUUUCAUCUUCAAUGCCCUUGCUGAUGGAAGGAGGUUUUCACUCAAAAUCUCACGAUACAUGGCCCCAUUCAUUCUUUCCUUUACACGGAUCAGUCGUCCUGGUCCCUUUGCAGAAAAGCCCCAAAGCAUGAUGUUUCCACCCCCAUGCUUCACAGUAGGUAUGGUGUUCUUUGGAUGCAACUCAGCAUUCUUUGUCCUCCAAACACGACGAGUUGAGUUUUUACCAAAAAGUUCUAUUUUGGUUUCAUCUGACCAUAUGACAUUCUCCCAAUCCUCUUCUGGAUCAUCCAAAUGCACUCUAGCAAACUUCAGACGGGCCUGGACAUGUACUGGCUUAAGCAGGGGGACACGUCUGGCACUGCAGGAUUUGAGUCCCUGGCGGCGUAGUGUGUUACUGAUGGUAGGCUUUGUUACUUUGGUCCCAGCUCUCUGCAGGUCAUUCACUAGGUCCCCCCGUGUGGUUCUGGGUUUUUUGCUCACCGUUCUUGUGAUCAUUUUGACCCCACGGGGUGAGAUCUUGCGUGGAGCCCCAGAUCAAGGGAGAUUAUCAGUGGUCUUGUAUGUCUUCCAUUUCCUAAUAAUUGCUCCCACAGUUGAUUUCUUCAAACCAAGCUGCUUACCUAUUGCAGAUUCAGUCUUCCCAGCCUGGUGCAGGUCUACAAUUUUGUUUCUGGUGUCCUUUGAAAGCUCUUUGGUCUUGGCCAUAGUGGAGUUUGGAGUGUGACUGUUUUAGGUUGUGGACAGGUGUCUUUUAUACUGAUAACGAGUGGAGGACAGAGGAGCCUCUUAAAGAAGAAGUUACAGGUCUGUGAGAGCCAGAAAUCUUGCUUGUUUGUAGGUGACCAAAUACUUAUUUUCCACCAUAAUUAGCAAAUAAAUUCAUUAAAAAUCCUACAAUGUGAUUUUCGGGAUUUUUUUCCCUGAAUUUGUCUGUCAUAGUUGACGUGUACCUAUGAUGAAAAUUACAGGCCUCUCAUCUUUUUAAGUGGGAGAACUUGCACAAUUGGUGGCUGACUAAAUACUUUUUCCCCCCACUGUAUUAGGCCAUAAUUAAGAGUAGGUAAACUGAUUGUGUCAGGCGAAAAUUAUACCAAACAUUUUACCAUUGCAACAUUUGAUGCGUUCACAUUCACCGUGGUUGUCUGAAGCGACGUGUGCUAUAGAGUUCACAGCUGGCGAUGCCUCAUCGGAAUUGGUUAUUCCCAAUUUGCAACAACGUCAAUGAGCGUCAUCACUAUCUUUCCUUUGCGGUACCUCAAACUGUCUUGAUUACCAGCUGAGAUAAACUUGAAUGAGUUCAUUUUACUCCUGGCUCACAGUUUGUCUGGGUAGUGUCUUAACAUCAUCCUAAAACCUACUCUGAGCUGGAUGUUUUUUGUUGUCUUAAAACAGGUUUUAACAGGAUCCCUAAGCCCUUUUCUGAGAUGCUUUGUAGAUAUGGGCCCAGUUCUGUUCCUGCACACUAAAGCUGCGUUUACACAGGCAGCCCAAUUCUGAUCUUUUUUUAAACUGAUGUAUCUUUUGAUCAAUGACAUCAGCUCUGAAAAAGAUCUGAUGUGAUUGGUCAAAAGACCAAUUAGUGUAAAAAAUAUCCGAAUUGGGCUGCCUGUGUAAAUGCAGCCUAAGAGUCAGUCACUGAUUCAAUACAUGAGUCACUGACCACUGAAGCAUGUGCAGGAUAUACUGGUCUCCUUGCACUUUCCCCACCCUGUCAUUAUUACCCAUAUUCCUUUGUUUCCGUCCAAAAGAGUCACUCUCAGCUGGCCAUUUGACAUUAGUUUUACUGCAGAUGUCAGGAAAUGAUUUAGGAGCCGUGAGGGUGAUUGCCUGUGGAGCUGGACAGGUCGUGUCCGGCAGGGAAAUGUAGCCGCCUCCCCUUAGAUAAUUGUAUUAAAUGGAAUAGUAGGUGUUUUUGUCCUCUCUCCAGACGUGA